AGACCAAAAAGAAGUUUCGGCUUGAAGCGCUCCUUUAGACAUGCUCUCCACAUGCAGCGGGCCGUUCUGUGGAUUCUAUCUGGAGGCUUAUUGGGACUGAGAGUGGACCACUUUAUUCUACUGGAUCUCUAAUUUGUUUUGAACCGUGGCAACAGAGAUAUUUGUACAGGUGGGUUGUAAUUUACGAGCCAAAUGAGUUUUCCGUGCACAAUGACCGCUUGCAGAGGCUCUUACCUGCGGAGGUGUUUGCUCUCCCUGGGCUUUCUGUUAUUGCUCUUGGCCGCUGUGUCCCCCGUUUGGGGCGACUGUCCCAACUCGUGCGUGUGCUCCGUGCCCGCGGAAGUGCACUGCACCUUUCGCUACCUGAACGUGGUGCCUGCCCACAUCCAGCCAGCUGUGGAACGAAUUAACCUUGGGUACAACAGUAUAACCAUCUUGCGAGAGAAUGCUCUUUCGGGUCUGAAGAAAUUGGAAAUACUGAUGCUGCACAGCAAUCUUAUUCACAGCAUCGAGGACAGAGCAUUUCAGGAUCUACGAUCAUUACAGGUCCUCAAGAUGUCCUAUAACAAAGUCAAGGAGCUCAACAAACAGACAUUCAAAGGCAUGGAAAGUCUGCAGCGACUCCACAUGGACCACAACUACAUUGACUUCAUCAACCCAGAGGCUUUCUACGGCCUAACUAAUCUACAGUUGGUCCAUCUGGAGGGAAACCACUUGCAACAGCUCCACCCAGACACAUUUAUUACCCUGAGACACAGCCAAGUGUUCAAGUUGUCCUCAUUGAGGACCAUCCACCUGUCUGACAAUCUCCUCACUACCCUGCCUGCAGAGGUUUUCUCUGGGUGCAGCCAACUGGAGAACCUCUUUCUCCAUGGCAACCGAUGGGCAUGUGAUUGUCGUAUGAACUGGUUCCCACUAUGGACGCAGAAGCAUACUGGGGUGCUAAAAUGUAAGCGGGACAGAAGAUAUCCUCGAGGCCAACUGUGUCCCAUUUGUGAAAAUCCAACCCUUUACCAGAAGAGCCGCCUCUCCCUUCUUCCUCGUGAUGCCUUCACUUGUACCAAACCUUGGAUCCAGCCCCAUCUAAAGCAGAAAAACAUCAGCUUGGAUGAAGGGGACUUCACUCCAGUUUCCCCAAGCGACUUUAUUGCCCCACUAGGCUCCAUUCAAAUGAACUUUACAGAUCAGUUUCACAAUGAUGCCAGCCUGUCAUGCACUGUCCAGAGGCCAUCUAAUUUUGAAAACCUCUCACUUACCAUGGAAGAGGAGGGGGGUGACGAUAUCACUGAACUAAUUUCUACCAUAACUACAUAUUUGGUAUGCAACGUUGACAAUGAACAUAUCCAACAUUUGUGGCAAAUCCUGGCAGCCUACAGUGAGUUUCCCAUGACCCUUGAGAGGGGUUUGUUGUUGACUAAAAGUCCCGAAAUGGUGUACCGAUAUAAUCAAAAGAAAACGGGUGAGGAUGAACUACACACAAAUAUUGAUGCUGAAAUCAAAGCCGUUCCUGCUUGGCUGAUGCAAGGUGAGGUUCAAUUGCAGCUUGACCGUACUACAACUACUUUCUCUACUCUGCAUAUCAAGUACCGGUCUGUUGUCAAGCUACGGGUGGAGAACACCGUCCCAAAGAAAGACCACUAUUCCUGGACCAUGAUAAAGAAAGACAAUGAAACCAAAACUGAGCAAACUAUAAUAACAGGUGGGGUGGUUCAGUUGAUCUGUCAAGUCCGAGGAGAACCAAAGCCUUUGUUGGAGUGGAUUUUACCAGAUGGUAUCAAGGUGCGAGCCCCUUACGUCAGCGAGGACAAUAGGAUCAUAAUCACCGCUGAAGGAAAGCUCACUCUGCGGGGUGCAGACGCCUCGGACACGGGCCUCUACCGCUGCAUUGCCACCAACUACUUGGAUGCUGACAUUCUGGUUUUUCGAGUGACAGUCUUGUCUCCUGAUGUGGAGGAGGCAGGUGUCAACGGUGUCCAUGUAUCCCAGAAACUGGGGGAACAUGUUCUUUUUGAUUGCAGCAGUUUAGGAAGUCCAAAGCCCUCAAUACAAUGGAUACUCCCAGACUACUCAAUACUGGACGGGUCCGAAGGAAAAAAGAAGGUGUAUGAGAAUGGCACCCUAUUGAUUGAGGACUUUACAAGGAGGGACCAAGGAUUUUAUAGAUGUUUGGCAGCUAAUCACUUGGGAGUUGACCUCCUGGUUUCUCAGCUGACAGCAAGGGAAAGCUCUAAGGUCUUCAAAGAAUUUGAUCAGACCGGAUCAGGCAUGGAGAUGGAGAGCCAGGUCGACCCAACUUUAACUGACAACACAAGCACGGUCAGCGACAUCCCAUCUUACAAACCAUCUGAUGGAUAUACUCAAGAAGCUAAAACCUUUGUUUCUGAUCGACGUCAUCCCAGACUGAGGUCACGGGGAAAAGGUAUUUCAGAGGGUCAAAUAGGACAAAGGAGGUUUUCAGCCAGCAAAAGACGUGGAUUUGGCAAUAGGGUCUUUGAUACAACAAUUAGGAAAGUUGAUCCAAAGAAAUUUGCUGAAUUUAUGAAGAAAGCUCAAGAUGGAGCAAAAGAAACCACAAAAGAAAGAAAGAGAGUAAAAGACUCAAAGACUGUUUUGUCAAACAAUAAUGAAAUUGGCUCUGGUGAGGUACCUGAUGAUCUAAUUUUACUUGCUACAGUUUUGCCCACUACAGAUAACUCUCAAAAAGGUAGCGUAUUUGAAAUGGAAAACAUGGACACAAUAGAAGUCACAAAAAAGAGCAAUGACGUCACUUUCAGUCAAGAAAGAGCAAAACUGACAACAGAUUAUAUGACAAUUCAAGAGAACAUAUACACAAACACCCCAGUUAAGAGUGAGAGAGAAGGUGUCACAGUUUAUAACCUGAUUUCACCCAACUCAAGCGUCUUUGGUUUUGAUGAAACUACAGAGCUUCAUUCCCUCAAAAGAAUUACCAAACUCGAAACUGUUACAGAUUAUUCACAAGAAACUCAGCUCCAGUCCUCUGGAGAACAUCCUUCAGAACCAGAAACGUCCACUGAGGUGUUCUCAUUCACCAUUGAUCCGAAUGUUACUCCAAUGAGGGAUGGCACAGACCCGGUGGAGCUUUUUGUCCACUCAGAUCCAGAAAGCCAAUCCACAAUCACAGCUGUCACCACCACACAGAGGAGGGAAGAUGAAAUAACCUUUCAUACCACCCAAACAAUAAAAUCCCCACCUUUAGGAUCCACCAUCAUCUCCAAGCAGCAAAUCCAUAUCAUCCCACACAAGAAGAGUCGAGGAGGUGGGCGCAGAAGAAUGUUCCACGGUCGCAGAAGAAUCAUUAAACCCAACAGAAUUAGUGACAUACAAUCCAUUAUCAAUAAACUCAUACAGCCAUCUGAGCGGAAUACUACAGUACCAUACAGUAUUGAAGUGAGAACAGAUAUGGAACUAUCCACUCCCACUACACAAUUUGGGGCAAGAGUCAAAGCUGGCAACAAAAAGAUACAUGGAAAAAAGCCAAUCCCCACCGAAACAUUGACCGUACCUCAGACUUCAGCUGUAACCCGAACUACUUUGCCCACCAUCACUACACACUUACCAACAGAAUCUGAGGCUCCAUUUCCAACCAGGACAACAGAAAUAAAAGUCAGUUUGUUUGAUGACGACUAUGAAGAUUUGUUCUCUGCAGAUUUUGAUCUGUCAACUCUGAAGGCCACUGCUCAGCCUCUAACGACAAUGAGCCCAACUUAUUACUCAAAGUCCUUCACCACUGCUAAAGUACCACUGCAUAGACAAACUGUUGCCUCCCCGCCUACCACCAAACCACCCCCAGGAGAAAAUCCUGAGAGAGAAUUUUCAUAUGGGUCUGGUAGACUUCCAGAUGAUUUUCCUACAACCAGGCCAAGAUCUGGUGGAAAAAGAGGGCGCCAAGGACGGAGAAGACCAUUUAAGGGACACAGACCAUCAAAGAAACUGAAAAAUACACAAUCGUAUGCCAUAGGCACGGCUAAUACAUUUGACAACAAGAAAACAACCAUGGCAAACACUAUCCAGACAACUUUAUUGCCCCAUAAGAGUGCCUCCAAACCUCCAAUGUAUACACCAUCAAGGGAAAUCGACAGAAGCGCAGGAAUAUCAGAGCAGCAGACUUAUGCUUCCAAAGAAGUCGACUGGGACAUUUCUUAUACUACAAGAACACCUUUUAUCCGCUCAAACACAAUGCCUACAUUUGAGAAAGCUUACGCGACAACUCAAAACAGAAUCCACAAUAAUGUCAGAUCGCCGACACUGACGCUGAAUGGUCACACAACAGCUACAAGAAGACCCAGACCUACGGUGGAAACCAGUGCCAAAGAGGACACAGAGAAAGCUGUUUCUUUUGGGACAAUGACCAUAUAUACAGGAGAACAGGACUACAUCUAUACAUACAACAGAAACAAUGUAAAAAAUGUCCUUGCCACAACCAUCCCUAAUGUUGCCAGCACUCAACCAACUACUAUGCUCAUGACCAGAAAACCUAAAAUACUUGGUGGCAAUGCAGCUAGUUUUACGGUUUUGACAGACUCAGAUGCCUUUUUACCAUGUGAAGCUGUUGGAGACCCACUGCCAGUCAUAUCCUGGAAACGCUUCUCCACAAGCACAGGAAACACAGUUACCAUCAAGGGGAGAAUGGGCAAGUUCGAGUUGUUGCGCAAUGGCACAUUGUCAAUACAGAAUGCCACUACGAAGGACCGAGGCCAGUAUAUCUGUAUUGCUGAGAAUAAUCAUGGCUCAGAUAAACUGAUUGUCACUCUCUCCGUGGUAGCUUACCCUUCACGUAUAUUAGAGCCCAAAAUGAGAGAGAUAAAGUCUCAUGCAGGAAAUACAGUGGAGAUUCAAUGCAAGGCAGAUGGUCGGCCCAUGCCGACGAUAUCCUGGAUUCUGGCAAACCGCACCCAAGUCAGAGAGCACAACACACCAAAUGGAAAGGUGUCGGUGACAGCUGGUGGGACUCUGAUCAUCACACAGGUGUCUGUUUUUGACAGAGGUUAUUACAAAUGCAUUGCCAGUAACCUAGCUGGAGCUGAUACUGCUACGGUCCGCCUGCACGUGGUUGCUGCUCCACCAGGUAUCUUAGAGGAGAAAAGGCAGCAGGUGAAGACUUUUUCAAAACAAAACCUAUGGCUGCCCUGCACAGGUCAAGGUAACCCUCAGCCCAAGAUUCACUGGGUGCUGCACGACGGCGUGUUGGUCAAUUCGCAAAGAUUUGCCUGGGACAAAAGGAUAUCUGUUUAUGAUAAUGGAACCCUCCUUAUCAAGGAUCUGGCUCCAAUUGACAACGGCAAAUAUGAAUGUAUUGCCACCAGCUCCACGGGCUCAGAGAGAAGGGUGGUGACUUUGACCGUUGAGAGAAGAGAAUCCGCACCAAAAAUCGUGGUGACAUCACAGCAUGUAACUGAGUUGUAUUUUGGGGAUCAGAUCAGCCUAAACUGCUCAGCAAAUGGAGAGCCUGAACCCAGGAUUAUGUGGAGGUUGCCAUCCAAUGCAGUGGUAGACCAAUCACAUAGGAUGGGCAGCAGAUUCCAGGUUUUGAAAAAUGGUACUCUGAUCAUCAAUUCUGCAAUUGAUAAAGAUGCAGGAGACUAUCUCUGUAUGGCUCAAAGCAUAUCUGGUGAUGAUGUUCAACUCAUGAAGGUCAAGGUAUCAAUGAAGCCAGCAAAGAUAGAGCACAAGCCACAUGGCAAGAAGAAGGUUCUGUAUGGUAAUGACUUCAAAGUCGAUUGUAAAGCCUCGGGGGCUCCAAAGCCAGAGAUCUCCUGGGGCCUUCCAGAUGGAACUGUUGUUAACAGUGCUCUGCAGGCUGAUUCCUUUAAUGGAGGAAGGAGAAUACGUCGCUAUACUCUGUUUGACAAUGGAACGCUUUAUGUCAAUCAAGUUGGGAUGUCAGAGGAAGGAGACUACACUUGUAUUGCUGAAAACCAAGUGGGAAAAGAUGAAAUGCACGUACAUAUCACUGUCGUGACUGCUGCUCCCAAGAUACGCCAAAAGAGUGAGACUUAUGCCAGACUGAAACCCGGAGGUAACAUUCGCUUUGACUGCGAAGCAGUUGGUGAACCCAAACCUAGGAUCCUGUGGAUGUUGCCUACCAAUGAUGUCAUAGCAGCAUCAAAUGAACGCUACUUGUUGCACGUAAAUGGCUCUUUGGAUAUAAGGAAUGCAAAACCAAUCGAUGGCGGAGAGUAUGUUUGUGUAGCUCGCAACCCAGGUGGCGAAAACAGAAGAGUCUACAAACUUGAAAUUGGUGGUAACCCACCUGUGAUCAACGGCUACCAUCAGAACAGGACUGUAUUAAAAGAUUUCUCGACAAAAUAUUCUAGGAAACUCAUAGACUGUAAAGCUGAAGGCAAUCCAACUCCAACUAUCACCUGGAUAAUGCCAGAUAACAUCUUUUUGAAGGCGCCGUACUUCGGUGGUAGGAUUAAUGUCCAUCAUAAUGGGACUUUAGAAAUUCGUAACGUACGUCCUACUGAUACCGGAGAAUUCAUUUGCAUGGCGACAAAUGAUGGCGGAGAAUCCGUAUUAGUGGUAGAACUCGAGGUUACCAACAUGCUCCGAAGACCCAUUUUUAGAAACCCUUUCAAUGAACGGAUUGUCUCUCCUUUGGGGAAAACCAUUGUUCUGAACUGCUCUUCUGAUGGACACCCAAAGCCAGAUAUCACAUGGAUUCUACCUGAUGGAGCACGGCUUAGCAGUGGGCGAAACACCCACAGACGGGUGGAUAACGAUGGGUCUUUAGUCAUCUUUAACGCUCGUAUUGAGGAUGCUGGGAAAUAUCGCUGUGGUGCCAAAAACAUCAUGGGCUAUAUUGAAAAGCUCAUCGUUUUGGAUGUGGGGCAAAAGCCUUACAUCCUCACGAGACCGAGGGGCAUGAUACGCAGUAUGUUCGGCGAUCCUCUGUUCCUUCACUGUCUAUCUGAUGGAAGUCCAAAACCCAGGAUCUACUGGACCCUCCCUGGAGGCCACACACUUACCCAGCCUCAAGUCCUGGGCCGCUACAAUUUGCUAGAGAAUGGUACCCUAGUUGUUCAGGGGACUACUCUAUAUGACCGAGGGAACUAUGUCUGCAGAGCUCGGAAUGAUGCUGGCGAAGCUGCGCUAACAGUCCCUGUUGUUAUCAUUGCCUAUCCUCCACGCAUCACUACAAUGCCACCUCCUACCUUGAGUUUAAUGGCAGGAACCCCCAUUAAGCUCAAUUGCGCUGCCAUUGGUGUACCCAAACCGGAGAUUACCUGGGAGCUGCCUGAUCAUUCCAUUCUGUCAGUGGCACAACAAGGGAGGCGAUUGGGAAGUGAAAUGCUUCACCCCCAAGGUACGCUUGUAGUCCAGAGGCUUUCAGCCUUUGACUCGGGCACAUACAAGUGUGUAGCCAAGAACCAACUGGGUUCAGACCUCAAGGCUGUUUAUGUGCAUGUACUCUAAAGGUCAUGGCAGAAGGAAACAGAUUUCAACAAAGAUUUUGAUCUGUAGGAUAAAGGAUCCAUCUGUAUGCGAAUUCAAGAGAAUGUCACCUUGGACUUUGUUAGUGAAGAAUCUCUGACACUAUCAAAAUGAGGAAAGGACUGAAGAAACAAAAGAAAUUGAAUGGAAUCAGAAACGAAAACUAACUUCAAAAAACAUCUGCUGAGACAGCUAUUUGUUUUUGUGACUUGAGAAAUGAAUGUCUGGAAAAUCAUAGCUGAGACUCAUUCAUGU